AGUCACCUGCAGGGACUGCUGGUCCUUUGCCCAGGGUGCUGGUCCCCGCUGGUCGGGAAGAAGAGGGAACAGACACCACAGCCAUCUCUGUUGUGCAGUCAUUCUUGUGGUAACAGUCUUUCGGAGACUCCAACUUGAACAUGGGAUCAUCUGUGUCCAAGGCUGCCCUUGGGGCGACCACCGAUGAGCCCAUGGAACCAGAGCCAAAGCAUCUGGCCAGUCUACUACAGUAUAUAAACCAAACAAAUAUGAGUGUUGAACAUCUGGCUAAUGUCCUUUCUGCAAAAGCUAGGAGCAACAGCUGGGUGGUGGUCUUCAAAGCCCUGGUCACCAUACAUCACCUUAUGGUUAAUGGAAAUGAGCGUUUUAUUCAACAUCUUGCCUCUCGAAGUUCUUUGUUUACUUUACACAACUUCCUGGAUAAAAGUGUCAUAGAAGGCUAUACUAUGUCAACAUUCAUCAGACGAUAUAGCAGGUACCUGAAUGAAAAGUCGCUCGCAUACAGAAUGAUCUCAUCUGACAUCACAAAAAUCAAGAGAGGGUCAGUAAACAUCAUUAAUUUGACACAUGGUGUGAUGAGAAGUAUGAAUACCAAUGAGCUUCUAAACACACUUCCAGUCAUUCAAACCCAAUUUGAUGCUCUUCUUAAUUUUAAUGCAAAUCCUGACCAACUAACUAAUGGGAUCAUACAAUCUGCUUUUAUACUACUCUUUAAAGAUUCUCUUCGUCUUUUUUCAGCUUAUAAUGAAGGGAUCCUUAAUCUUUUAGACAAUUAUUUUAACAUGAGGAAGAACCAAUGCAAGGAAAGCUUGGAUAUUUACAUCAAAUUUCUUGGAAGAACAGCCAAACUGACAGAAUUCCUAAAGGUUGCAGAGGAAUUUGGAAUUGAGCGGAAAGACAUUCCAUAUCUUUCUCAGGUACCACACAGUUUAAUUGAAGCACUAAAACAGCAUUUAGCUUCUUUGGAAUUGAAAAAUGACAUACUGUCUUCUUAUAGGUUAUUUUGUCCACAUAAUUUGUUACAACUACCAUUAUUUUCACAAGCUUGCAAAUCUGUUGGAGACGAACAGCAAGGUGAAAAAGUCACAGCAAACAACUUGGAUGGCCCACUUGUAGGAAGUUCCAACUUCCAUGGAAUGUCCUCCCAUAAUGUCAUCUAGAUCCAUUAUUUAUACUAAAUAUGGUUUAAAGACCAGCAAUCUUCCCAUUCGACGCCCAGGUUACCAGAUGCAGUUCAAGUAGAGGCAACAAAGCAGAACAACUCAGAUUCAAGUGGAAAAAUUAUGAUCUUUCAACAGGCUGAACUGAACUGAAUCAUCCUCAUCUUCCAAAUUCAAUAAACACAACCCUGGCAUUUGA